UCCGAGGUGGGGUGCGGACUACGCCUAUUGUAGUCUCGUGUCAUCUGCAAAAACAAGAGCACUGAAGUUGCCGGCAAAGCACUGAAAAGUGCAAAAGAAUCUGCAAAAACAAUUUUAACUCUGUUGAAAUUUCUUAAAGAAACUCAGAAGCAACAAUGUCAAGCGAGGCGAGAGCCGCUCGUGUUGUCGUAGUUUUGUAACGGGAGGGAAGCUGAGCGGCCGGAGCUUGUGUAAGAGGCGAGCAGGAAAUUGUACGAGAAACGUGUAAGUUAAACAGUAAACAUUUCAGGAUGCAUCUGUAAGUCCCUUGAUCUGAAAAAAUGAAUUUUUGCACCAUCACUUCAAGUUACUAGUUUUUGUGUUGGCACCACAUCUGCUGGAAAAAUGAUUUCAGUAAUCCGACAUGGAUUUGGAUGUGGGCGAGGAAGUUUGGUAUGUCUUUCUAAAACCAGUUCAGGAACACAGACGGUAGUAGUCCGCUGUCCAGCCUUGUUACAACGGAAUGCUAGCCAUAGAAAAUCUAUCUCUUUACAAAUGAUGAGCACUUCAGUAUCUAGAACAGAUGUAACACCUUCAAGUAUACUCUUGUUAAUUGUUCCAAUAUCAACCUUUUGCCUGGGCACAUGGCAGUAUCAGCGGAGGAAAUGGAAGCUAAAUUUGAUUGCUGAACUACAGGAGAAGACCACGACUCCACCUGUUGAUCUCCCUCAAGACUUGUAUGAACUGAAUGACCUGGAAUAUCAGCGAGUCAAACUCACUGGAACAUUUGACCAUAGCAGAGAAAUCUUCUUAGGUCCUCGUCCAUUAAUGGUAGGAGGAGAUAUAGAUACCCAGGGUAGUGGCUUAAUUUCAUCAGGACAAAGUGGCUAUCUUGUUGUCACACCUUUCAAGUUAGCUGACCGAGAUUUAGAAAUUUUGGUGAAUCGAGGAUGGGUGGCCAGAAAAUACAAAAACCCUGCAGCUCGAUUAGAAGGUCAAGUGAAAGGAGUAAUAAGCUUAACAGCUGUCGUCCGUAAGCAUGAAAAUAGGGCACCUUUCAUGCCAGACACUUCAAAGGGAUCCCUUAUCUUCACUUUUAGGGAUGUAACUACAAUGUCUGAAAUGCUUGGAACAGCACCGGUCUUUUUAGAUGCAGUAGAAACAUUCCCAGGUGGACCAAUUGGGGGUCAGACACGAGUCACACUUCGCAAUGAACAUCUCUCAUACAUGUUCACAUGGUAUAGCUUGAGUUUAGCAACAGCUUUCAUGUGGUAUCACCGUUUCAUCCGUGGAAAACCUCUAAUGUAAAAAGAAAGGUUUGUUUUGCUCAGGAACAAUACUGUAUUUAUUAAUAACUGUUAUAUGAUAAUGUUAUAACAAUAUGCAGUGAAGUCUGUUUUAGGUUAUAGAUCUUAGAAUAUUGUUUAUUUAUUGGUCUGAUGCAUUGAAGAAGUUCUUGAUGGACUAUUUUUUAUUUUAUUCCCAUAUUGACAAGAGCAUUUCCUCUUUACUUCAAUUUCAGAGGUGGUUAAAGUCUGAUCAUUUUAUAGUGUAAGCACACAAUAGCCAUGAUGAAAAUGUAUUUUCUCAUGAAAUUAUAAUUAUUUAUGUACUCAUGUGAAUCUGUGGCAGCAUUUGCUGAAACUAAGUUAAAAAUUAUGUGCAAAUAUAAUAAUUUAAUCUGUAUGGACUGAUUUGUUUUCAUUGCACUUACCAAGAAUGUACAGUUAAACUGAUAAAAAGUCAAAAUA